UUAAUACUGUAACUGAUAAAAGUUUAUGAAGUAAUAGACAACGCUACUAGAGACAUUCUAGAUGUUCUGUUGCUGAAAUUGAAAUUUGAUGAUGAGGAAGAGAGAACCGAGUUAAUGGAUAUUUCAGAGAAUCAGAAAAUAUGUCGAUUGUGUAUGCAGCCAGUAGAAAGUGAGUUUAGGUGCAUACGUGAAGAGGAACUUGAAGCUAUUGAGAAAUUGGCUCCUGAAAUGAUUACAAGUAUCAUCAAAAAUCCCAUUGUAUGUAAUUCAUGCUUUGAUUCUUUGUAUACCCGCAACAGUUUUCUAAAACAUUGCCUAAAAGUAGAAGAAAAGAUUAGUGAUAGUCCAGACACAGAAAGUCCAACAGAUAUAUAUGUGAUUUAUUUGUGAAGACUGAAAACCUGGACAAAGAAUUUGAAAUUAAUGAGAUGGAAUUCUCAAUUAAAGAAGAAUAUGUCGAUAUAAAAUCAGAAGAUGAAGAAAAGAGCAACACGCUACUGCAAAGCUCCGAUAUAGGACCAUACGAUAAGAGCGAUUGUAAACAUGAGAAUAGACCAGCAAACAAAUGCAAUACGAAAUCCAAAAAGGACCGCAAAGUAUCGUACAAAUGCGAUAAAUGUAUUUACAAAACUAGAAGCGAGAGCUGUUUUACGGCACACCGUGCAAGACACGAAAACGAUUCAGAGGUGUAUAAAUGUGAAUCCUGUAAAUAUGAAACUCAAAAUAAGAAACAAUAUCAAAGGCACCAGUUGAGACAUAGAAACCCUUCGAAAAUACAUAUGCAUCAAUGCCAAUCGUGUAAUUACAAGACAAAGCGCAGGUGUGAGCUUGCUAAGCAUCAGGUGAAACACAAAAGCGCAUUUGCAGGUCAAUUGUAUGAGUGUGACUUUUGUGAUUUUAAAACAAAAGUGAGGGUUAGCUUUAAUAACCAUUGUAUAAAACACAAAAACUCAAACAAAUAUGAUGAGUAUGACUGUAAGACCAAAUACAACUCGUUGGCACAUAAGGACGCUUCACAACUUCCGAUUUAUAAAUGCGAGGAUUGCAACUACAAAUCAAAGAAUAAAAGACUUUUAAUUAAACAUCAGUUGGUACAUAAAGAUCCCUCGCAACACCAUUUAAAACAUAAACAUCCUUCGCAGAUUCAAAUGUACAGAUGUAAUACUGUGAUUACGAAACUAAAUACAAAAACGAUAUUAAAAAGUACCAACUGAAACAACAAGAUCCUACAGGUCACAUAUCCUGGUGUAGCGACUACGAUUAUGAAACUAAAUAUAGGUGCAGUAUUAGAUAUCAUAUAUUGAAGUGUAGAGUUCUUAAAUGCAAAUGUACCAGUGUGAUUUGCUAACAACGAAAGGUGUGAAUAUGGCACCGAUCGUAAAUAUGUGAAUAUGACUUUAUUAUAUACAGGGUGUCUUGUGUCUCAGUUUUAAUCUGUCAAACAUUGGGAGCGAAUUGAACAACCAAGAAUAAUGUUACUAUGUCUUAUAUUUUGAAAUCUGAACCAUUUCCGAGAUAGAGGCUUUUAGGAGCCCCCGAAAAAUGUUCCCUCUGAAAUAGUGGAGAUAUUCGGGUUCUGAAAGAAAAAAAGUACAAAUAAUGAAUACAAAAGUACAGCUAAUGAAUUUUUCAGAGCACUUUUAAGACCCCGUUUCUCGAAAAUAGUUAGACAUCGAAGUAAGACAAAGUACCAUUUUUGGUUGUUCUGAAUACCCUUAUUGUUGUUUAUAUU